CGCGACUGCCGGUGCCUUGCCAUCUCCGUGGCCAGGUCUGACCACGUCCGGGUGCAAUCGAUGACGAAACCAAUUAAGCGAUCAGGACAAUUGACUACUUAAAUGGGACUUUCCCACUAGUUAAUAAUAGUUGCACCGCAGAAGUCGAAACGUUUGGGUUGUUUUCGUGUUUGUCCACCUGCAGUAAGUGGUUUUGGGUCUUUCCACCUUUCUCAGCGUGUUACAAGAGUGUACAGUAUAGCCACACGGGAGAAGGUGGAAUAUAUUGCUCUGUGGCGCUCGUCACAUCAACGUUACGACCUGACCCAGUGACCGCCCAGCAUACAUGUACAUAUCAAACCUGCAUAUCAAUAUAGCCCGAUUCGGCAAAGUGUUUACUGUGAGUGGCGUUGAAAAGUUGGGACAUUACAUCAUUUAAACUGCCAUUUUGGUUUCACAAUUCACCAUGGCAACUGGAACAUUCACCAUGACAACUGAUGCUAUGACAACCAUGACAACCGGCGAUGCGACCAUUUUCCGCACCACAUCUUCCGAUGAGAACUCUUUUAUGACGUCAUCUGAGAACUCUCUUACUGAAAACAUGACAACCGCGACAAUGUUGGAAACCACAACCCAAGGAGAUGGGCGGAACUUUCGAUUUGAAAACUACACGCAAAGAGCAAUCAUUGGAACUGUCGUGUGUCUUGUUGCUGUCGUUGGCCUCGUCGGUAAUAUUAUGGUCAUCUUGGCGGUCAUCUUGUCCAGGAAGCUCCAGACGCGCACCAACGCCUUCGUGGUCAACUUGGCCAUAGCUGACCUUGUGACGUGUCUGUCGGCACCCUUCACUGCGGUAGCGUUAUUCAGCAUGAGUGGUUGGCCUAUGCCUGAGAUUGUCUGCUCCAUCGUGGCUGCUAUCGGCUUCUGUAGCCUUGGAUGCAGCAUCAUUACUCUGGCUGCCAUUUCCAUCAACCGGUACAUACUCAUCACCAAGACAACGGCUACCUACCGCUCUGUCUACACCCCAAAGAAGAUUGCAGCUAUGCUGGUAGUCAUCUGGGUUUACCCUGCUUUAGUCUGUUGUCUCCCUCUGGUUGGACUUGGAAAAUGGGGGUAUUCGGAGAAAUACAAGACCUGUACCCAAGACACAUCCCAUGAAACGAGCGACUACUUUAGUCUGGUCGGCUCUGCCGGUGUCAACCCGAUCAUCUACGGGGCCAAGCACCCACACUUCAAGGAGGUGUUCCGUCACAUGUUGCGGUGCCGGUAUCACAUGAUUCCAGAGCCCUCUGGCUGCCUGCGUAGCGUUGCGGCAUCCUAUGCUGCCUUGGUGGCUUCCGCCUUGGUGGCGGUAUCGUCUGCCUACUGCUUGGUUGUCAUGAUGACGCUGUAUCAGGUACUAGCUGCUCUGUCUGAGACCCUGUGUUACAUCUGA